AUGUUAUUCUUCCAAAGCAAACCCAGAAGACAGAACGAACUACUGGAAGACAGGAGCCCUCUUCAACUCAACUCCGAAACCUCGCUCCAGUUAUUGUUCCUCAACCAGAUCAGGAAAGAAAUGGCAGAUCCGUCUGAUACUGAGAAAGGUCUUUCUAUUCCUCAACCGGAUGACCUGGAUAAUCUCCGAAAUACCCUGAUGUUAUCGCUUUCCAAUCUCCGAUCUGAUGUACCUCGAUCCAUCGUUGGAAGAAUUAGAAUCGGUUCUCUGGAAAGAAAUCUGGGGGUCGCAAUCAGGGGUCUUUUCCUAACCAUAAAAUGGAAUAUCUCGACCUCGGUCCUGCCAUUUGAUGAGGCUUGGUACCCGAGGUACGAGUCGAAGGCAGAAAGCGAACUCUUUACAGUUAAAUUCUCAAUCGCUGACUGGAGCAGAUCUAGUCAAGUGCUUACUCCUUUGCUCUAUCUUCAGAGUCUAGGGAUAUCUAACCCCCUGGAAAUAGGAUCUCCGCCUUCAAUGCACGGAGUUGCUAUGCGAUAUCCUUUAGGACUGACGAAAGCCUUUGGCACCAAUUCCAUUAAGCCUAGUGACAUCAAUCCCACCUGUCCCUUAGCUCAAGCGCAAGGGAAUGGAUCAAAGAAUACAUUUCGAAUAUUUAUAUAUAGGGCAUCGGAAUCAACAGUAAAGGAAUCCGUCCUGCUCGGAGAAUCGGCUUCUCCUCCCUUUGAUGGUAUGAGGAAUGAAAAGACCAAUGCUUUGUCUCUUCCCUCAAGAGCUAAAUGGAUCUUAGCAGCAUUAUUAUUCCCCUUUUUCUCUAUCCCCGCUAAUAAUGCUUCUUCAACAAUAGAAAUAGCUUCGGAGUCAUUCACAAGAACGGACUAUUCUAUUUCGAUUCUCCUCAAUCCAAUAGUGCUAGCUGUAGGCAUUGGCGCCACCUCUGGGCAACGAGUGGGCCCUCUUGCGCCCCCCUUAUUAGAGUUUAAUAAUAAGCUGCGGUCCCCUACUUCGGUGACCCUUUCCUUGCUUUGCCUUAGCUUGCUUGAGGUUUGGAAGCAAUACUACUUAGACCUAGUGUUGAAGACGAGAAAGAAGAAGUUACAAAGAAUCCAGCUUGAAGUUAACCAACGAAAUCAAAAGGAAAUAGCCCUAAAGAAGGCUGCUUCUAUGAUCAAGUCAGUGCUCAGGCAAGUCUUUAGACGAUAUCAAGCAUAUAGAGCGGGAAUCACUUUAUCGGAUUCAAAGACACCAACCUCAAAGGAAGCCAGGACCAGGAAGAUCGACGAGAAUCAGCUGUCCCGAUUGAAGGAGAGGAGCGAAAGCAAGCGAGCAACAAGUGGAUCGGGAGUGGAUGCCAGUAAAGGGAUUGGCAGGUUCAGAUUGUUCACGUGCCAUCUAAGUAAGAGAAGGGAAGGUAACAGGUGUGCAGAUUUUUUUGCUCGGAUGGGUUCGUCUCAGCUAGAGCAGUUUAUGCCGUUGGAGUAUCCUUCUCGGCUUCUUGUAAGCCCUUCUAGAGAUUCAUGGUCGAAAAGACUAGCAGCAGCUCCCGCUAAAUUACGAAAACAGCCCCUUCCAUCUUCAAUCCCUUCCCUCACAGCUCCAUUUCUGUUUGCGGGUGCUAAGUUAAAAGCAAUGGUUGGCAGUGGACAAAGGGACAUCCGUCGGGUUCUCCUAUGCUACCAAUGGGCCCAGCCCAAAAGGAGACGGGACAAGCACCAUUUGCUUAAGCGAAAGCAUCAACCUAUUAUAUUAAAUACCAGGCAUCCCAGCUUUGACUUCUGUGGCUACCAACCUCCCUCCUCUUAUGAAAGCGAGUAUAGGUACUACACCCUCUUCCGACAAGAGGAUCAGAAGACGGAAGAAUUGGGCUUCCGCAAGGGAGAAUAG